AUGAAGGAAGUCUCAGAAAUCCCUGAUGUGAUUAAAAUUGUGACGAAGGACAAAUGCGUCUUCCAUGUACCACGAGACGUGAUCCAUAUGUCGAAGACAAUCAAGACGAUGAUUAGCGAUCUUGGUGUGGACAGCAGCGAUCCUAUCCCAAUUUGUAAUGUAUACGGGAUUAUUAUGAAGAAAGUGUUGGACUGGUGCCAAUAUCACAAAGAUGACCCUCCAUUUGUUGAAGACGAAAACAAAACCAAGACUACAGAAAUUAGUGACUGGGACAGACAGUUCUUCAAUGUCGAUCAAGGCACGGUCUUUGAGCUAAUUUUGGCGGCAAAUUAUCUCGACAUCAGAGGCCUACUUGAUGUUGCCUGUCGAACUGUUGCUAAUAUGAUCAAUGGGAAAACUCCAGAAGAAAUUCGCCGCACCUUCAACAUCAAAAAUGAUUUCACUCCCGAAGAAGAAGCACGAAUCCGUAAGGAAAACGCUUGGCGUUACCAACCUUACCAUGACUAUGGGGAAGAUACUAUCGAGGAGGUUACGGCGUAUUAUGAAAAGAUCCUACGUGCCUCGGAAGAACUCGAAGCUGAACGUGAGAAAAGCGGGCUUCCUACUGCGCUGUACAAUCCCGAUGGAACUGCAAAGGUUCGGACGACAAUACCUCCUGAGAAUAUCCUGAAGCGCGUGGAAUACGAAGAACCGCCGAAAGGUAUCGACGUAGAGACGUUAGUCGAUGUUAUGCGACGGCUACACUCACUGACAGCAGCGGAAAUGCGCACUUUUCUCAAACAAGUACAUCAGUCUGGACAAGGCACCAAGAAACAACUUCGCGCAAGGCUACGGCGUUAUUAUCGCAAGGAAUUCUCUAUGUAUCGAAUGCUCCACGAGGGAGAUAAUAUGCCGCGCUUUGGAAACAAAACAGCACGUCACUUCGAUUUUCUGGUGGCGAUCGACUUCGAGUGCACAUGCGUUGAAGUUAUUUAUGAUUAUCCCCAUGAGAUUAUCGAAUUCCCCGCCGUGUUGAUUGAUGUCCGACAAAUGAGAAUUGUGGACACAUUUCGUACGUUUGUGCGACCAGAGAAGAAUCCUAUUCUUGAUCCUUUCUGCAUUCAGCUCACAGGAAUUUCUCAGAGUACGGUGGACUCUGCUCCCGUGUUCAGAGAUGCAUACAGAUUAUUCCGCGACUGGAUGGCACACCACAGCCUUGGCGAUAACGGUCAUCCACCGCACGAUCUGUGGAAGUUCUUCCAAUUCCAGUGCAUAUUGUCCAAUUUUGGAACCAUUCCUCAUGACUGCCGACACUUCAUAAAUAUCAAACGCAUUUUCGAACAACGUGUCAUGAAGCUGGUGAAAGGAAAUGGGCAAUCUGGAAUCCAAAAUAUGCUUUCCCACUACAAUCUCACCUUCGAAGGACAAAAGCAUUGUGGUCUCGACGACUCCAUCAACAUUGCAAGAUUGUGUAUAAAGCUAAUGCAAGACAAAAUUGAACUUCGAAUCAAUCAAAGAAUGACCAGAAGACAAGAUAGAAAUGAGGAACGUCGCCUGGAGGAACUAGCAAAAUCCGAUCGGGCAGACGCAUCCGACUACCACAUUUGGCAUAGGAAGUUGCCGCUCAAAACUACGGCAAGUCACUCGUGA